AUGAUUGCAGUUCCUUUUAAAAAUUUGUCAACUCUUUAUAUCCGUGAUCAAGUUCAAAAUGAAGGAAAUAAUUCAUCAUCCCCAUCGUCUCGUACGAUUACAACAUAUAUUUUUACCGAAUCUACAACUUCACAUCCUAAUUCUUCAUGGCAAAAACCUUUUAAUUGUUCAAUUAAUGGAUGUACGAAGAGCUUCACUCGACAUGGACAUUUAUCAAGACAUGUACAGUCUUGUCAAUCAAAACGUAAUCGUAAAGAAAAUGAGAAACCUGUUCACCCUCCAAGUCCUGUUACAUCUUGUAUUAACUAA